AUGAACGUUGAGAUAGUCGGAGUCCCCGAAAAAAGUGGUGAAAAUUUGGUGCAGUUACUUCUACAGAUUGCAACAUUUGUUAAUGCCAAUAUUAAUGCAGAUGACAUUGAGUUCACAACUCGAGUACAACCUCAUCACUCGCACCCUGGGCGUCCACGAAGAAUUAUUGCAAAGUUGAAGAACAGAAGGGCCAAGGACAGCAUAAUAAUCAAUUUUAGAAAACUUAACAAAGAUAAAGGAAUUACAUCAAAAGACUUAGGUUAUGACGGGAAUUCUAAUAAAGUAUUCAUAAAUGAGCAUUUAACAAUAGCCAAUAAAAUACUGCUGAACAACUGCCGUCAACGCGCUCGGGAACUGAAUGUUAAAUUCGUCUGGGUAAAAAACUGUUCAAUUUAUAUGCGAAACAACGAAACAUCACCACCAGUAGAAAUUACCGCAGAAGAAGAUAUACAGAAAUUUUCGUCUUAG